CCUGGGUCCUUCAUGUAUCAACUCACUAUCAGCCAACCAUUUCAAUUUCAACUUCUUAGACCUACCUCAUCAAUAAUUAUAUAUUGUUUGAUCAAUUUCAACUUCUAGUUCGACCUCCUCAGUAAUCAAUUAUGUUUGCUACUAUUGGCAAUGCAUCUCUACCCUCCACCACCUCUGCCUCCUCCGUGCAAGGGUCACAACUUUGUCGUCACUUCGAAAUUCGUGAAAUAUUUUCAGCAACGGAAAACUUUGACGAUACAUUAAUAAUUGGGCGUGGAGGUUUUGGUAAAGUUUAAAAAGGUAUUAUUAACAACGGAUCCACAAGUUUUUUUGCAGCCAUUAAACGAUUGGAUACCAUGUCCAAUCAAGGGGCAUCCGAGUUCUGGACUGAAGUUGAAAUGCUUUCCAAGUUACGUCACUGUCAUCUUGUGUCAUUACUUGGUUAUUGUAAUUAUGAUACAGAGAUGAUCCUCGUAUACGAAUACAUGCCCCGUGGAACACUUGAAGAUCAUCUCCACAAACUUGGUACCCCUAUUUCUUGGUGUCAGCGACUCAAGAUUUGUAUAGGUGCGGCUCGUGGGUUAGACUACCUCCAUACUGGUACGGGUAUUGAGUUUGGUAUCAUACACCGAGAUGUCAAGAGCUCCAAUAUUUUGUUAGAUGAAAGUUGGGAAGCUAAAGUUUCAGAUUUCGGGUUAUCCAAAAUAAGCCCAAGGAAUCAGCCAUCGACUUAUGUCAGCACACUUGUUAAAGGCACUUUCGGUUAUAUCGAUCCAAAUUAUUUUGCCACUGGAAAGCUCACAAGGAAAUCUGAUGUGUACGCUUUUGGGGUAAUAUUGUUGGAGGUGUUGUGUCGGAAGAAGGCAGUGGAUAACAAUCUUGAUUGGGGAAUAGCAACAUGGGCUCAAGACUCUAUGAAAGAAGGUCGUUUGAUGGGUAUAGUUGAUUCUGAUAUAAGGGGUGAAAUAUUCCCCAAAUGUUUGAAGCAGUAUGCUCAAAUAGUCGAAAGAUGUUUGGAUAACCAUCCAAAGCACCGUCCGAACAUGGCUGAGGUUGUCCUUAGUCUGGAGUAUGUACUCACCUUACAAGCAAAGAACGAUAAUGUGUUGCAAACUGCAGGCAAGACAAUAAUUGGCAGAAUUGUAGAUAAGUUUUCCUUCUCUAACAAUCGCAAAAAGGCCUGGAAUUUAGGUAUGGAUUUUGGAUCACUAAUGCCCAAGAAGCACCAUAGAGCUACGGGUUUUGGAUCUCUCAUGCCAAAAAAGAGGAAGCAACUUAUGCUAAGAGACAAAAUCUUCCUGCAAAACGGUGGCCUGUUAUUGGAAGAUAAGCUACAAAAAGCUGUUGAUUCCAUGAAAAAAUUUCGAGCUAAAGAGCUCGAAAAAGCGACUAAGAAUUUUGCGGAAGGUAUGAUUCUUGGAAGAGGUGGUUACGGUACUGUGUACAAGGGAAUACUGCCAGAUAAGCGUUUGGUAGCAAUCAAGAGAUUCAGAACAUCGGGCCAAUCACAAUUGGACCAAUUUGUAAAUGAAAUUGAAAUUCUUGGACAAAUUAAUCACAAGAACGUGGUGCAGCUUUUGGGUUGUUGUGUGGAAACUGAAGUUCCGUUGCUAGCUUAUGAAUAUGUUUCUAAUGGCACUCUUUAUGGUCACAUUCAUGAUAAUACAAGAAGCAGAGGAACAUUGUCAUGGGAUAGCCGUUUAAGGAUAGCAUAUGAAUCUGCUAGUGCACUCGCAUAUCUUCACUCAGAUACAACAACGACCAUCAUACAUAGAGAUGUGAAAUCGGCUAAUAUUUUGUUGGAUGAAAAUUACACGGCCAAGAUUACAGAUUUUGGUGCCUCAAAGUCAAUCCCAUUAGGUCAUGAUCAUGAAUUAACAGUAGUUCAAGGAACGUUGGGUCACCUGGAUCCUGAUUUUUUUCUUACAGGUAAACUAACAGAUAAGAGUGAUGUGUAUAGCUUUGGAGUGGUACUUUCAGAACUCGUGACAGGAUUACAUCCCAUUGAUUCUGAAAGAUGCCAAGAAGAAAGAAAUCUUGCAACCUAUUUUGUGCAGUUAAAGAGGGAAAACCGAUUACUUGAGUUCACCGAUCGUCAGGUUUUAGAGAAGGCAAAUGCUGAGCAGCUAGAAGCAACAUGUAACCUGGCAUGUAGAUGCCUUGACGUCCGAGGUGAGAACAGACCUAGCAUGAAAGAAGUGACCUUAGAGCUUGAAAGAAUAAGGAACUUCAACAACACAAGAUAAGCAGCUUAAGGACUCAAAGUGAACAAGUUGAUCUUAAUUAUGAUAUUCCUGUUAGUCCUAAUAACGAGACCUUUACCAUGUCGACAUAGUUAUCUUUCAUGCUUCAAGUUUAAGUGAUUAUGAAUACAUACUAAAAUUCCAUAUGUAUAUAUGGUGGGUUUAUACAUAUAAAAAUCUCAUCUCUUUUCCUUA